UCCGCAGUAUUGCGUAUGUGUCCCGAUCUGGAGGCAUGUCCAACGAGCUCAACAACAUCAUCUUCAGGACAACCAACGGUGUCUAUGAGGGCGUGGCCAUCGGAGGAGAUAGGUAUCCCGGGACCACGUUUAUGGACCACGUGCUACGUUACCACGACGAUCCCAACGUGAAGAUGAUUGUCGUAUUAGGAGAGGUUGGUGGUAUUGAGGAGUACGCUCUGUGUGAUGCUAUCAAGUCUGGCCGUCUAUUCAAACCCACCGUGGCGUGGUGUAUCGGCACCUGUGCCAAGAUGUUCUCCACUGACGUACAGUUUGGUCAUGCGGGGGCGUCUGCUAACGGUGAGAGAGAGACAGCUGAUGCCAAGAAUAAGUUUCCCAGCUUAGCGUCGGCUAGCCAUCAUCCUGAGAAAACAGAUCCCAACAAACCAAACACAAGUGCAUGGGAUAGCAAUCAACCAUUUCUGAAUGAGAUUUGCAAGUUGUUGAUGGAGCAUAUGAAUCACUGA